ACUAUCAAUUCAAUAGCAAGCAAUGUCCGAAUUAUCCUUUGCCCAAACAUAUAUCUUAGCAUCUAAAGUAAGAUCCAAGCUUACUAAAGAGGCCGCCUCACCAAAGGCUUCCUUAAGACAUUUAGUUGUUCAAGCUAACAUGUUAGAUAACAUAAUGGAUUACAUCAGUGAAGAAACUGAAAGAAGAACAAUCCAGCAAAGAGAAAAGAGCAAGUUGCAACAGCAACAAAAGGCCGCUCCACAAGUACAAGCCCAUGUUACUUUUAACAUUCCAGUUAAGCCAGUUAACCAUACCAACACAUCUGUAACUGAAUACGAAUUAGGUGAUUCAGAUCCCGAAUCAGAUUCUGAAGAUGAAGAUGUCGAACAAUUCAGUCCUUUGAUUUUCCGUCCCGCCAACUCCAUAGUGGAAGAAGACGAUGAUGAUGAUUUCACGUCAUCCGACUCUGAAUCUGAUUCAGACGACUAUUACUACUACUCUGAUUCUGAUGAAGUUGAAGAAGACGAAGAAGAACAACAACAAGCACAAUCACCAGAUAAUUUACCAGUAUUCAGAGAAUUGCCAGUGAUGAACCUUUCUGCAAUCGAAGAAGAAGAUGAAGACGAAGAUUCAUAUUCAAGUGAUUCAGAAUCUGAAGAUUCUAUCUUGUCAUUGCCAGAUCUCAGCGAUUCAUAUUCAUUAACUGAUGAUGAGAUUGAAGUUCAUGAUAUUCACGAAAAGCCAUAUGCCAUCGCCAAGAGUACACCCAAGAGCAAAUACAUAGAGGUUGAACACAAGCAACAACCUUUCAACAACAUGUUUAAUGGUGGAACCAUUGCCUUGGAACAUGUUUUCUAGAUAAUAUUUUACAUGGCUAAAUAUUUUAUGAGUUACGAAGUACAGUGUUACGUUUGCAUACAGAAUGAGUUUGGAUUUAUUUAUUUGUUAUAGAGUAUACCUUCAGUUCGAUAUAGAUUUUUUAAAUUAAUGCUUUUUUAAUUAUAGUCAAAUUUAUUGUAGUAAUGGAAAUGUGUGUAUAAUGAUAGUGGGGCUCUUAGUGCCGAUAUUGUUUUUUUUUAGUGAUGAGGAGUUGCAACACAUCGGCGCGAAUGGUACGAAAGCGAAAAUACCCCCUUCACUGAUCUUACGGGAAACGACUGAGGGACCAACCCCGCUAACCUACAGAUAGCCAUGGGAAUGUAAUGACUGUAUUUUACCAGUUAGGGAAGUCUCCUGUAAUCAUAUGCAAUAAAGU